AAAGGCUCCCAUGGUGGGUAACAGUAGGGAUAGAUGGGAAUAACCAAAUUUAUCCAGUGGCUUAUGCAAUGGUUGAGGUUGAAGAGGAGGCAAGUUGGAGUUGGUUCUUGCAGCAUUUGAAGAAUGAUCUUCAGAUACCAAAUCAACCCACAUUCACAAUCAUUUCAGAUAAGCAAAAGGGGCUUAUGAAUGCAAUCAGGGACUUGUUGCCUUGUGUGGAACAUAGACAUUGUGUUAGGCAUCUGCACAGCAACAUGAAGAGAGCUGGGUAUACAGGGUAAGCUAUUAAAGAUAGGCUGUGGAAUCUUGCUAGAGCUACCUACAUGAGGAGGUUUAGCAAACUUAUGGAAGAGUUCAAGAAAGAGGAUGGGGUAGCGUUUAAGUGGCUUGCUAAGCAUGAACCCCACCACUGGUCUAGAUCACAUUUUAAUGUUGCUACCAAAGGUGACAUGCUCUUAAAUAACCUUUGUGAGUCAUUCAAUGCUGCAAUACUCGAUGCCAGGGACAAGCCAAUCCUAACCAUGCCAGAGAGGAUUAGAAUUUACAUGAUAAGGCAUUUAGUGAAAAUGAGGGCUUCUGUUGAGAAAUGGCAUGGUCAGAUUGGUCCAAAGAUUGUCAAGUUAUUGGACAAGAACAUUGCACUUUGCAACGAAUACAUUGUUGUCUUAACUGGGGACAACCAGUUUGAACUUAGAGGUUUUCAUCAUGGAAACCUAUUUUGUGUUGACAUGAAUGCAAAAACAUGCACUUGUAGAAGGUGGGACUUGUCAGGUAUCCCCUGUGCACAUGCACUUGUUGUCUUAAGAGAUUCAAAAAAGAAGACUGAGGGCCUUGUGCAUGACUACUACCAGAAGCAGGCAUACAUCAACACCUACAAACAUGUCAUAUACCCCAUGAAUGGGAUGGACAUGUGGGAGAAUACAAACAAACCACCAAUUGAGCCCCCACAUUACACUAGGAAGUCUGGGAGGCCUAAGAAAUGCAGAAGGAGGGAACCAGAUGAGCCACCUGCUCAAAGUGAUGAAACCAAGAAAAUGAAGAGGUAUCUUAACAAACUGAGCUGUAGAAAAUAUGGGGGAAAAGGGCAUAAUGUGAGGACUUGCCCAUCUAGUUUCACAACACCAAGGUCCAAAGAACAGCAAUGCAAUCAGCCAAUCUCACAACCAAUGUUCACUCAGCCAUCACAGCCCACACCCAAGGUCCCCUAUAGAAGGGGAGGUAUAGCUAAAAGGGGAGGUGCAGCUAGAAGGGGAGGUGCCCCUUAAA